UCUCACUUUAUUAAUGUUCCUCCCAAACAUUAUGGCAUUUUCAUUCACAUUCACAUUCCACCUUUUGCUUCUUGUCCCAUCUGUGGUUUAUGUUUCUACUUCUCAUGUUCAAGAUCCUGAAUUAGUGGUCCAGGAAGUGGAAAAGAGCAUUAAUGGGUCAAGGAGAAAUUUGGGGUACCUUUCUUGUGGGACGGGGAACCCCAUUGAUGAUUGUUGGAGGUGCGACCCGAACUGGGAAAGGAAUCGCAAGCGUUUGGCAAGUUGUGGUAUUGGGUUCGGCAAGAAUGCGAUUGGUGGAAGAGAUGGGAAAGUGUAUGUGGUGAGUGACCCCAGUGAUAACCCUAUGAACCCUAAACCAGGUACAUUGAGACAUGGCGUUAUCCAAGAAGAGCCUUUGUGGAUAAUUUUCAAGCGUGACAUGGUGAUCAAGCUGCACAUGGAUCUCCUUGUUAAUUCUUACAAAACCAUUGAUGGAAGAGGAGCAACUAUCCACAUUGCUGGAGGGCCUUGCAUUAAAGUGCACAACAAGAGGAAUAUCAUAAUUCAUGGCAUACACAUUCAUGAUUGCAAACGAGGUGGGAGUGGAUAUGUCACUGAUUUUCCCAACCAUCGCAGUUGGAGUGCAAGAUCGGACGGUGAUGGGAUCACAAUCUCUGGUGCGAGUCAUGUCUGGGUGGACCAUUGCUCCCUGUCAAACUGUUUUGAUGGCCUGAUUGAUGUUGUUCAUGGAUCAACGGCCAUCACCAUUUCCAACAAUUACAUGACACACCAUAACAAGGUCAUGCUCUUGGGCCACAGUGAUUCCUAUAAAGAUGACAAGAAUAUGCAAGUGACCAUAGCCUUCAACCAUUUUGGAGAAGGGCUAGGAGGAAGAAUGCCUAGAUGCAGGUUUGGAUACUUUCAUGUGGUAAACAACGAUUACACACAUUGGCAGCAUUACGCAAUAGGUGGGAGUUCAUCCCCAACUAUUUUCAGCCAAGGGAAUAGAUUUCUUGCUCCAAAUGAUGAAGACCAUAAAGAGGUGACCAAACAUUUUAAAUCAUCAGAAAGAGAGUGGAAGAAAUGGAAUUGGAGGUCUGAAGGAGAUCUAAUGUUGAAUGGAGCCUUCUUCACACCGUCAGGGGCAGGAGCAACAGCUAGAUAUGACAGAGCGUCAAGCAUGGCAGCAAGACCACCUCUACUUGUGCCUUCACUCACUGCGGGGGCUGGUGCACUUAGAUGCAAAAAUGGCCACCUAUGCGGACACUAGCAAACCAACUAAUUCAAAAUGUGCAACAAUUUCCAUUUUUCUAGAGUGUUGUAAGAUGCUACAUUCGUUCCCAUGAAGGGGCAAUGUAUGAUGUAAUGGAACCGUGCCGUGGAUAAGUAAUAUGACAUAACAGAGUAUUAGAGAUGAAUCGCUAUCUGAGUUAAU